AAGAAAAAGCCCAAGCUAGGAGAAAAGUCUGACAGCGCAAGCGCUCAGUGGAGCAUUGUUACCGAUCGUUAGCUAGCUGGUACGCUAACUAGCUAGCUAACUUACUCUGUGAAAAUGGCACUAAGCAAAACCUUUGGGCAGAAACCGAUAAAAUUUCAAUUAGAGCAAGAUGGAGACUUUUACAUGGUUGGAUCAGAGGUUGGCAACUAUCUGCGCAUGUUCAGGGGCUCUCUUUAUAAAAGGUACCCAUCGCUAUGGAGACGCUUAGCCUCGGUGGAGGAAAGAAAGAAAAUUGUUGCGUCGUCACACGCCACCAGUGUGACUCUGUUGAAGGCAUCAGAAUGCGAGGAGAUCUUUGAGGGCAACGACGAGAAGUACAAAGCGGUGUCGAUCAGCACAGAGCCACCUGCCUACCUCAGGGAGCAGAAGGCCAAGAGGAGCAGCCAGUGGGUUCCCACGCUGCCCAACAGCUCCCAUCACCUGGACGCCGUGCCCUGCUCCACCACCAUCAACCGCAACCGCAUGGGCCGCGACAAGAAGAGGACCUUCCCUCUCUGUUUUGACGACCACGACCCAGCUGUGAUCCACGAGAACGCAUCGCAGGCUGAGGUGCUGGUCCCCAUCCGGCUAGACAUGGAGAUCGACGGCCAGAAGCUGCGAGACGCCUUCACCUGGAACAUGAACGAGAAGUUGAUGACCCCGGAGAUGUUUGCGGAGAUCCUGUGUGACGAUCUGGAUCUGAACCCUCUGACCUUCGUGCCGGCCAUCGCCUCGGCCAUCCGGCAGCAGAUCGAGUCCCAUCCCACCGACACCCUGCUGGAGGAACAGGCCGACCAGAGGGUCAUCAUCAAGCUGAACAUCCAUGUGGGGAACAUCUCCCUGGUGGACCAGUUUGAGUGGGACAUGUCUGAGAGGGAGAACUCCCCAGAGACCUUUGCCCUGAAGCUGUGCUCCGAGCUGGGCCUGGGGGGAGAGUUUGUCACCACCAUCGCCUACAGCAUCCGGGGUCAGCUCAGCUGGCACCAGCGCACCUACGCCUUCAGGUCUGACUUCAGUGAGAACCCCCUGCCGACGGUGGAGAUUGCCAUCAGGAACACGGGUGACGCCGACCAGUGGUGCCCCCUGCUGGAGACACUGACAGAUGCAGAGAUGGAGAAGAAGAUCCGGGACCAGGACAGGAACACCAGGCGCAUGAGACGCCUGGCCAACACCGCCCCUGCCUGGUGAAGACGAGCAGCUGCAGUCCUCCAGGACGUUCCUGCACUCUGCUGUGGAAACGGACAGCAUCCCCCGGCCUCCCUGCCCCCCCCCCCCUCCCUCUCUACCCUCGCCUCCCUGCCCCCUUCACACCGGAUUUGUCAGCCUCAUGACCACAGGGAAUUCCUUAUUUACUGUUAGGGCAAUAAAUGACAGUGGUUUAGUUAAAUACAGUGGCACCUGAUCAGGAUCAGACAGAACAAAGUGUUUUGGUCACUGAGGCUCCUUGUUGUCAGUGUUGCCUAGGUGACGGAGCUGGAACUUUAUACCUGAAGAUCAUCACUAGAUCUCAAUUACUAACUGGUCUCCAGAAUCUUUAUUGCUUAAUUAACUCCUGCAAUACUGAACAUUCAAGUCAAAUCUCUUUCUGGUUUUGGUGGAAACUUGUUCUUGUAGUUUUUAUGGACAGACAGGCUGGUUUGUGUGUGUGUGUGAGCGUGCGUGUGUGUGUGAGCGUGCGUGUGUGUGGGCAAGACCCCAGAGCGGGGUUGCAUAACACACAGGCUCAAGACUGUUUCCUCCAAAGUGUAAACACACUUGAGCUCUGUGCCUGUCUUGCAAGGUCAAAGGUCAACUGUAUCGUGCUUGUUUUGUAUCGUGCUUGUUCUGAAAACCUGUCAGUGAUGGUGAACCCGUUUCUUUUUUUAAUAAAACUUGACUAGUGA